AUUAUAGUUUUAUCAAUUCUAGAAAGGUCGUAAAUUUUAAUUUUGUAUCCAAUAUACUGUGCCCCUCCAAACUGUAAGUAACACAAUAAUUUAAUAACAAACAAUAAAAUAAUUAUUUAUAAGUUUUACAGAAUUAUUUUUAUUAUCCUUGCUGUAUUUGCUGAUACCAAAAAACAAACGUCUCCACUAAUUUGGAACAAAUCGAACAACACAAUGCCAAAUUUGAACAAGGUUGGUCACCUACAAACCAACAAAACAAAGAAGACUGUCGCAUUCUUGAAACUUAAUGGACCAUCCAAGAAAGUCAAAUGGGCUGAAAGCCCACGAAAUUGCUCCAUUGAUACAUGACUGGAGAUCAACUGGACCAAGGAAGCUGGAAUUAAGUUAAUAUAUUUUAAUAGUAAAAGUAAAAUACUGCGUAUAACAUUUGAAGUGUUUUUUGCACUUCGCCUUUAAAAUUUUAAGUUUGAAAUCGAUUAGAUUAAAAAUAUCUUUUGUAUAAAAAGGAUAAAAUCGUAAUAAUCAGUCCAUUGUAUGUAUUCGAAACUAAAAUCAUGAAAAUUUAUAUUCUUCUUGCUUGUUUGGCAGUAGCUGUAUCUGCCAACACUCAAAAUCAAUGGAAACAUUUUAAACAAACCCAUCAGAAAUCCUACCGUUCCCUUAUUGAAGAACGCCUUCGUUACCAAAUUUUCUCCGCAAAUCUGGAAAAAAUCGAACAGCACAAUGUCAAAUUCGAACAAGGAUUGACGACCUACAAGCAAGGAAUCAACCAGUUCUCUGACUGGACCGAAAAAGAGUUCCUAGCUUUUUUAACUCUCAGCGUACCACCUGAAAAAAUUCAAAGUGACAAAUUUUUUGAAUCUAACGAAACUAUUCCCUCUGAAAUCGAUUGGAGAACAAAGGGGGCCGUGCUUAAUUGGGUUAAAAAUCAAGGCGCCUGUGGAUCUUGCUGGGCUUUCAGUGUUGCUGGAACUUUGGAAAGUCACAACCAAAUUAAAAAUGGGAAAUUAAUUUCUUUGUCCGAACAAAAUUUGCUCGAUUGCUCGACUUCCUAUGGAAACGGUGGAUGUGGAGGUGGGCACAUGAGUUCUGCCUUUAAUUAUGUAACAGAUCACGGUAUCAUGUCCUUGGAAGAUUAUCCUUACGAUUGGGUGCAAAAGGAAUGCAGAUACAAUCAAAGCAAAGUCGUCGUCAACUCCAAAGGAGUUGUUUUUAUAAAUCCGAACUCGGAAGAAGACUUGCUUAAAGCUGUAGGAACGGUUGGUCCGGUCUCCAUUGGUUUUCACUCCACUGGAAAUUUGCAAAGCUACUCGUCCGGAAUUUUCACCGAUAGCACUUGCACGAAAACCAUUAUGAACCACGGUCUAGUGGUGGUCGGUUACGGGACCGAGGGAGAAACGGAUUACUGGAUUGUUAGGAAUUCCUGGAGUGGAGACUGGGGUGAAAAGGGAUACUUCCGUGUCGUUCGUGGUAGUAAUAUGUGUGGAGUUGCUACUUCUGGUAUCUACCCGUUACUUUAAAUAUGUUGUAACGUUGAUAAAUAAAUAAAUUGUUAACAUACCUACGUAUUUUAAG